AUGCCUAAGGUCAAGAGCUAUUCGGCAGCUUGGCUGUCCAGCAACGCUCCCGGUCAUCGUCUGUUUGAACCAUCAUCCGAGGCAUCCAAGCCUCGUAGUUUGGAGUCAACAUAUUCCUCCAAGAAGAAAACCAUUCCUGGUCCGCGAAGAACCAUUGCUCAUCGAGGGACUGAAGUAUUUGUUGCUGUUGGCCGUGAAAUCCGUUGGGGUGAUCUUGCGUAUUUGAAGGAUGAAUGGGCGAAUCGUUAUUCGAAGAGAGGAUCAUCGCAAGGCAUUCGCAUCAAGCGCGAGGACUCGACACAGCCAUUCGAUGACGAGGACCUGGAGAGCGCUGCUGGAUUAAGGACAAUCAAGACACCCGUUGCCGACGACAUUCGACAGCUGGUCAUGUCCCCGAACUCGAACUUUUUGGCCAUUCUGACCACACAUACUGUCCAUAUCUGCGUGCUCCCUGAUCCUUCACACCUUACCAGUGAAGAUGCUGGUCCGCUUAAACCAAAGAUCUUCACACUUGGUCCAACCACUCACGUUACCUCUCGAUCUCCUAUCGUCUCGGCCCUCUGGCAUCCUUUAGGAGUCAGUGGCUCUUGUAUCGUUACGACUACUGCUGACGCUAUCGUACGUGUGUGGGAAUUGUCCACCACCGAUCGAUGGUCUUUCGACACACCUACUACGUCUGUCGACCUGAAGAAAUUGGUGGACGGUACGACUCUGGAUCAGGACUUUUCAGCCUCAGCAGCGGCCACCAAUACGGCCUUCUCACCUGAUUCGUUCGAAAUGGAGGUGGCUGCUGCCAGUUUCCCUACUAAAGGGGCUGGCGGCUGGAACCCCAUGACGUUGUGGGUGGCGAUGCGAGAAGGAGACGUUAUCGAGGAUGAUCCGGAUGUUGGAGAGCAGGAAAAGUUACUUGCCCAACAGCAACUAGAAUGGAUGGGAGAGCUAGAUUCCCAAGAGCCAACAAUUAUGGAGGGACCGAUUGGUGAGCCUGUGGCGGAAAUUUACACGCGACCAACUCGACCCGGAAUCGUCCCUCGCUUGCAAGGCCCUUUUGAGCUUCAGUCAGAUCCUGAUACAGGCGAUGAGCUGGAUACAUCGGUUACCGACAUGCUCGUCAUCGGCAAGAAGACAGAAACGGAGCAGCUUAUGAUGGGCGAAGAAGAGGAUUUGGAUAUGGAUGACGGGGACCAAGAAGGCCUUUCUCUGACCGUGAUCUGCCUCUUGUCAACGAGCGGUCAAGUUCGCGUAUAUCUUGAUCUCGAGGGUGUCCAGGCUCAGUGGCUGCCACCCAAGAACAAAAACAAACUUGGUCGGCUACUUGCUGAGGCUGAUACGCCAUCUCUUCUUUCCUUCCAGGCCAUUGAUACAAUGACACCCGUGGAAAUGAAUGAGGAUAGCUGGCCAGUUUUUAGUAACGAUGUCACAUCUCGUUACAACUUCUUUGUCACACAUCAUGCUGCGAUUACAUUUAUUUCUCUAACCUCUUGGAUCUUCCGCCUUGAGAGCGAGUUGAAUGGAGAUUCCGAAGCAGGAACUGACUUUAGAAUCGGCCUGCUUGUCAACUCUCAGUCGACAAGGGACCGCAUCUACUCACAGCCCACUGCUGAUAUUGCGGUGCCCUUAGCCGCAUGCAAUGUUCUGCGAGACCCUGACGUUGGAUACUUUCUCCUCUCAGCGACCCCGUACGAGCCCAUCGCCCUGACUUUUGACACACCAGAAGUCGAUCUUGCUCCAAUUCGCCAAGAAAGCCCCAGUUAUGAACGGGAAGCUAGCAUGGCACCACUGGACUUUUAUGAGCCUCGCCCCGUGUUCAACCCAUCUCAUACAUUUGAUGAGGGCUCUGCUCUGCCUACACUGCUUGAGAGGCUCCGCACAUCCCGUCACAAGACAGUUGUCAACCAGGAAGUAAGACUAAGCCCGCUUACGUUGCAAAUCUUUACCGAUGCGCAUAAGGUCUUGGCAGAUGAGACGCAUCGCCUUGGAAUGGCUGCGGCUGAAGUAUUCCGGCGAUGUGAGCUUCUUCAGAGUGAGCUUAAGCAACAAGUCAUGAAGGCGAACGAGGUAAAGGGUAAGAUCGACACAAUCAACGGGUCGCACCGCGAUGGAGAGGCGGAUAAUGCUAUGUACGAUCGGCGAGUUACUGCAGCAAGGGACCGCCAGGACCAGCUGACUGAGCGCCUUGAAAACCUACGCAAGAUUGUGGGUAAGGCGACCACGCGUGACUUGAGUGCCAAGGAACGUGCCUUUGUUGAGGAAGUGAAGUCGAUGGAAGCCAGCAUCUCGGCUCCGGAUUACGCGGAACUGGCAUCAGGCAAAGCCAAGGCGACACCGGCACCGGCACAGGCUAAACAGCUGUGGAAACGUCUGGAAGACAUUAAGCACCUGCAGGCUGAUCUUGCAGCCGAAGUGGAGGCCAUGAACAAGGCGACAGGGGACACGGAUGGGCCUGCUACACCUUCGGCCGAGUUACGGAUCCCACAAGAGGUUCGCCGGGCGAAGUUGCAGCAGGUCCAAGGACUUCUAUCAAGAGAAACAGCCUUGGUGGAUGCUGUCACUGCACGACUGGAACGGCUGCAAACCAGUGUCUGA